AUUGUAGAUGUCCAAAAUUGGCUGAGAAGUUUAAGAUUACACAAGUACAGUCAUGCUUUUGAUGGCAUGCAGUGGCAGCAAGUCGUUCGGAUGACGGACGAAGACAUGCUUCAGGCUGGUGUCAGCACUCUGGGCGCUAGACGCAAGCUUUUGAAAGUAUUCGAA